AAUUAUAUUUAUUUUUUCUCUGCGUAUUCUGUAUCUUCCACAACAAGGGUUAUACUUCGACCAUCCGUUGCUUUUUCUUUGUUCCUCGGAUGCCCAGAUAUAUAAAGGACGCGUCGCUUCACCAAAUUGUGAUUUCAACGGAACACGUAGAAUAACCAGCAUGGAUUAUUGGAAUCAAGACAAUAUUGAUUUGGCUCAAGUAGAGUUAGUAUUUAAAGAAUUGGCGUCUCGCCUUGAACAUUUAGAAAUGGACUCUAGCAAUAUUCUAUUUCGGAUUGCUGUAGGAUCUCAUCCCGACAAAUACUGGGAAUCCAUAGCGUUUAUACGCGAAUUUUACAAAAACUUAGAGAAAAAGCAUAAAACUGAACCACAUGAAAUACAAAACCAAGUGCGACUGUUGAGUGAAACCAGUUUAAUAUCCUGCCUUCGUUGGAUUCUUCAUCGUAUUCCAGGAGGUGUAAUUACAUGGCCUACUUAUAAACUUUUCCAAGAAGCAGAAGCAAGGGCUAAUUUUCCGAGUUCUGGAUUCAAUAUUUUCAUGAAACAUGCAACCAAGAAUACCCACCAUAUUCACGUGCUAAAAUAUUUUUUAAAACUGAUGAUGAGUCUCUCCGCAAAGAUGGCUACUAGCGCACAAGUCCAUGAAGGAUCAUCUUUGGAAUUGAUAGCCCAAAUCGCUAGUAUUUGGGCUUUCGAAUGGCCUCGCAUGUCGUUGCAGGAUACACUCGAAUACUGGAAUAAAUGCUCCAAUGCUUGCUUUCAUCUUCUUCUUUGUUAUAUCAGAAGCAUGGAUAAACAUGAUCAACCAGGGUUUUCCUGCUUGCCAUAUACCUUGCAAACUCAAGUUCAGAAUUGCAAAUAUCCUCCUCCUGCUACAAAUUAUCUAAAUGAGAAAGCUUCUUUAGUAAGCUUCUCUCUUAGUUCCUAUUUUUCAAGGGAUCCUUUAGAAGUCAUCCAGCUGAUUUUUCAAAUGCCUGUACCACGUAAGAUCUCUUCGUCUUUACCUCGUCGCUUUGAAGACGUGCAGACUAAUUGUUUGUCCACCUUGCAGCAAGUUAGCAAGCGUACGUCCUAUCAUUCCGUAUUCUCCAUUCAAGAAUCGGCAUGGUCGAAUUUUAUCACCAAUGGAUUUGAGCAUCCAAUUGCUCCAACUAAGUCCCAAGAAACAGUCUAUUCGAUAUUAUCUGGAGAAAUUUCACCUUCAGGUUUUCCUCAUGUGGCACCGUUAGACCAGGUUUCCUCUUUAGAUCAGAACAUCGUCAAACAAUGUUCUUUUGAAAGUAUAACACCUGUCAAAGCUUCAAAAACCCUUUGGUGGCUUUGGGUUGAAUCUCGUUGCCCCGAAAUUCCUGAAUCGAAGCGAACUGCCUUCAUGAAUUGCACUAUGAUGCUGGAUAAAACGGAUAAACUAUUGAUUUUCGAACAGAGUCUUCCUACUACAAACUUACUAACUCAGCAGGAUGAUUAUCAUGCAAAAAGAACAAUCUUAAACAAAAUUAGGUCCUCUUUUAAACGUGUUAUGAAACCGAAAAAGUCUCAGAAAAAAACAUCUAUGCUUACUAACUCUCCAAGAAGAAGCUGCCAGAGCGUGUUGUAUGAAAGUAAUCGUGCUGUUUUACUUCAUUUGGCCGAUCAAAUGAACCAAUUAUCAUCAAAUGAUGUUUACAAGAAUGAUGUUAAACCAUUAAAAGUCAUUUCUGAACAUGAGGAAGAUUGGGACCCUGAAGCAACGGGAUACGUGAAUACUCUCUUAAAUUGGGCAAACCAACGACAGUCCAUAUACGAUGAACCGAUUAAACUGUUGUACCCAAACAAUAUUGAUUCUCGUCAAUCAAAUGACGGAAAGUCUUCGUCUUCGAAUUCUUCUAACAAGUAUAUGUCUUCAUCAUUAACUGUGACUAGUGAUAACUCUUCGAUCACUGGAGGUUCUACCUUUUCUUCGAUUGAGAGUCAAACAAAAACCACGCCUGCCGGCUGUAAAGUUCAGCCCACUGUCUUACACAGAAACAACAAACCUAAAGGGUUGCCUACUAUGCUUGCAAAGAAAAUGUCUAUCAGCAAACCUCAUAGUGUAUCAGCUAUAAAAUCUGAAAAGACUGAAAAGAAUAUGCGACCACCAUUGAAAGAUUGGGAUUCAGCUGAGACGCUAUCACCUAUGUUUACCAAAAACAAUGGUUCAGCCAGAAGCAGUCCUUUUUCUCUCGAUCGUACACUAAGUACACGUGCAUAACUUAUGAAACAUUAAACUGAUGUUGUCACAAUUAAGGAUACCAAAGGAGUAUAUAAUUUGGUUGACUAUUGCAAAUCUUAAUUUAUGUAUACCGGCGAAAUUUAAACUAAAAAAUUUUACAUUAUAAUCUAAGAAAUAUAUCUGUUAAUCACUAUAAAUUUUAGGAAAAUAGAAUUAAUAUAAUAAACAAACUUGAUUGAAU